AUGAGCACCAAUUUCCAACGAUGGACGGUAGAGAAGCCUUGGCUUGAGACGCAUUGCCUAUUGGGCGAGGGGCCUUUCUACGAGGAAUCGACAGGCACUCUACGGUUUGUUGAUAUCCGCAACAAGCGACUUCAUUAUGUAAAGAUGGCAGAAGGUCCUUCGUCUCUCAAAACCAUUCAACUGGACGUAUGUCCUACCGUUACAGCCAAUAUUGAUGGUGUUGAUCCACAGGAUCGAAUUGCGCUUGGCGUCAAGUAUGGGCUGGCAGUUCUCGAUGUGAAGAAGGAAACAUAUGAACUCAUUCAGCCGUUCGAAGAGCCAGCUAAUGAACGUUUGAGGAGUAAUGAUGGCGGCAUAGACCCUCUUGGUCGGUUCUGGAUGGGAACAAUGACGGACUUUGGUCUUGGUCCCUUCAAGCCUGAAGGAGCUGUCUACCUAAUGGAUGCCAAGUCACGAGAGGUGAAGCUGCCCGACAUGACAAUCCCCAACACGCCAGGUUGGUCCCCUGAUGGGAAAACAUUGUAUGUUACCCACUCAAGUGCGCGGGAAAUCUUUGCAUUCGACUUCAGCACUGAGUCUGGAGAGAUAUCAAACAAGCGCGUCUUCUAUACCCAUAAUGGCUCAGGUGAGCCAGACGGUUUCCGUGUGGAUGUGGACGGUUUCCUUUGGCAGGCUGUGUACGGAGAGGGCCGUGUCAUUAGGAUCGACCCAAAGACGGCUGAGAUUGUAGGCGAAGUCAAGGUGCCGACAAAUAACACGACAUGCGUACACUUUGUCGACACCGAACUUGUCAUUACGACUGCCGAGGACGACGAGGGCGAAGGAUCAAGCCGUGAGUACGGUGGGCACGUGUUCAAAGUGGACGUUGGGAUCCAGGGAUUGAGACUUUACGAUUUCAAGCUCGAUGCGUAA